AAUUUAUUUGUUUAUAAAAAUAAAAUAAUAGCAGUAACGAAAAUAUCUUUAACCCCCACGGAGAAAAACAGAGAUUGAUCUAAAGUUCGAACCUCUGGUCUCGAGCCAGGCUCUGAGAUAGCUUGCCGAGUGUUGACGGGGGACCUCAGUACUCUCUUUCUCUUCACGCAUCUCAAUUCUUGGCCCAUAAACCACCGCGGAACCAAAAAAAACGAAGACGCCUCUGCAUUCACCGGACUCCAGGAUUCUGAAUAAACCAUGAUUAUUGCGCAAAGAAGCUUAUCGGGAUCGUCGCAAAGCCCUAGAUCUCCAUCGUCGCAGCCGUUUCUAUCAGUUUCCGUUACGGAUCCCGUUAAAUUAGGCAAUGGCGUCCAAGCUUACAUAUCCUAUCGUGUCAUCACCAAGACCAAUUUCCCAGAAUACCAAGGGCCGGAAAAGAUUGUUAUUAGGCGUUACAGUGACUUUGUUUGGUUACGUGAUCGCCUUUUCGAGAAGUACAAAGGCAUUUUCAUUCCUCCUCUUCCCGAGAAGAGCGCUGUAGAGAAGUUUCGAUUUAGUGCUGAAUUUAUUGAGAUGAGACGUCAAGCAUUGGAUGUGUUUGUUAAUCGGAUUGCUUCUCAUAAUGAGCUUCAACAGAGUGAUGAUCUUAGAACUUUUCUGCAGGCAGAUGAGGAGACAAUGGAGAGACUGAGAUCUCAAGAGACUGGUAUUUUUAAGAAGCCAGCUGAUUUGAUGCAAAUGUUCAAGGAUGUACAGACUAAGGUGAGCGAUGUUGUUCUUGGAAAGGAAAAACCUGUUGAAGAAUCAAAUCCUGAAUAUGAGAAGCUUAAACACUACAUUUUUGAGCUUGAAAAUCAUUUGGCUGAAGCUCAGAAGCAUGCAUAUCGUCUUGUAAAGAGACACAGAGAGUUGGGGCAAUCACUAUCGGAUUUUGGUAAGGCAGCCAAGCUUCUUGGUGCUUGUGAAGAACAAGCUCUUGGAAAGGCAUUUUCCGAACUCGGGGCUAAAUCUGAGACGUUAUCAGUUAAGCUGCAGAGGGAGGCCCAUCAACUCUUGAUGAAUUUUGAAGAACCCUUGAAGGAUUAUGUUCGUGCUGUUCAGUCAAUAAAGGCCACAAUAGGAGAGAGAGCUAAUGCAUUCAGGCAACAGUGUGAACUAGCUGAAACAAUAAAAUUGAAGGAGAUAAAUCUUGACAAGCUCAUGCUAACACGCUCUGAUAGGGUGGGAGAAGCUGAGCAUGAGUACAAGGAGUUGAAGGCAGAGAGUGAGGAGGCGACAAGAAGAUUUGAGACAAUUGUGCGACUGAUGAAUGAAGAGAUAGUACGUUUUCAGGAACAGAAAACACAAGACAUGGGGAUUGCUUUUCAUGAAUUUGCAAAGGGGCAGGCUCGAUUGGCAAAUAGCACUGCAGAUGCCUGGCGAAGUCUCCUUCCUAAGCUUGAAGCUUGCUCCUCUGCGUAAUGAAUGAAGGAAUAGUAAUCAUUCAUCAUCAAACAUAUUGCUUACCUGGGUGGUUAUGAGAUUUAAGGAAUGGCAGGGUAGCGCUUGCUAUGUGCCAUUCCAUGUUGUACGAGUUAUGGUUGUUUUCGAUGCAUUGACUAGGUUUUACUCGUACAAAUUCUAAACUGAGUGAAUGUGAGUCAAUGAUCAAAUCUUUCAUAGAACAAACUGAGAAAAAAGAAAAAAAACGUUUCACGUGUAAUUCAUCCUUCUUUUCAUAGUUACAGUUAGAUUUACAGUGCGAAUUACUGAAUCGGUUCAUGUUUUUUUAACCUUUUUCUGAUAUGGAACUGGAUUUCUCUUCCUUGUGAA